AUGCUUCGGACUCCCGAGCCGCGGCCCGGGGAGGCGGGGGCAGCUAGCUGCAGCCCCGGGGCCGCGCCGCCCACCCAGUCCAAGCCGCUCACCUCCUUCCUCAUCCAGGACAUCCUGCGGGAAGGCGCUGAUCGGCGCAGAGGUCACGCGGACAGCCCGCAGCCCCCGCCGCAGCCCUCGCGCCAGCCUGACCGGAGGCGAGACCCUGAGCCGGAGCCCGAGGGAGGAAGAGGAGGCGCCGGGGCGCCGGAGGACCAGCGGAGAACCCGGCCCCGCGCUGUGCGCGGGGAGGCCGAGCAGCCGGUGGAGACCGAGCCAGAUAGGCACUUUGAGACUUAUCUGUUGGACUGUGAAAACACUCGGGACGCCUUACCGAGCCUGCCUCCAGCCCCCAAGCAGCCACAGAAGCGCUCCCGGGCCGCCUUCUCGCACACUCAGGUCAUUGAGUUGGAGAGGAAGUUCAGUCACCAGAAGUAUCUGUCAGCUCCCGAAAGGGCUCACCUGGCCAGGAACCUCAAACUCACGGAAACCCAAGUGAAAAUAUGGUUCCAGAACAGACGCUAUAAGACCAAGCGGAAGCAGCUCACCUCAGACCUGGGGGACCUGGAGAAGCAUCCUUCCUUGCCAGCUCUGAAAGAGGAGGGCUUCUCGCGGGGCUCCCUCAUCUCCAUGCAUAACACCUACCCUUACUACCCCUACCUUUACUGCCUGGCAGGCUGGAGCCCGGCUUUCUGA